AUGCAGAUCUUCAUGAAGACCCUGACCUGCAAGACCAUCACCCUGGAGGUGGAACCCAGUGACACCGAGAAUGUGAAGGCCAAGAUCCAGGAUAAAGAAGGCAUCCCCCCUGACCAGCAGAGGCUCCUCUUUGCAGGCAAACAGAUGGAAGAUGGCUGCACUCUUUCUGAUUACAACAUCCAGAAAGAGUCGACCCUGCACCUGGUCCUCUGUCUGAGAGGCGGCUGCUAA